CCCAUUGGAGUGACUGGUCGAUGGCUUCAAAACGACCUCACGACCACGACGACGACAGCACGCCCGACAACGUGGAGCUGAAAUGGCGGCGCAUGGUGGUGGGCGAAGCGGAGAUUCGCUUGAUGAGUCAAAAACCCAACUCGGACCGCGUGGUCGUGCAUACUCCCGUGGCGCUGCAUGGCGGCAUCCACAUCCAAGUCGACCCUCCGCCAGCAAUUGUGUUUCACUCGUUCGACGAGCUCACGGACGCGUUGGGGGCCUACUUUGAAGCCACGCAGCAGGAAUUCUCCAUCCGGAACUCCAUCACCGUUGAACACGCAAACGAGACGGCUGCUCGAAGCGUCCGCUUCCCAGAGAACGACGUCCGGUUCAAGUACUCGUCCAUGACGUACGUGUGCAAGCACGGGCGCACCCAGAAGCGCCGCAACAACCCCGAUCUGGCCAAGACGAAGAAGGUCAAAUUCGCGUACUCGGGGUGCCAGGCAUGUUUGUGGAUCAACCUCGUGCUGCUCGGUCCUCCUGGCGCGCGGCGAUGGGUGUACCACGUCCACAAGAUGGUCCAUGUGCACAACCAUGAGCUGAGCGUGGAGAAUUCCGUCGCGUCGCUGCGGCCGUUCCGCGCCUACCUCGACUUGAUCUACAACAUGAAGCAUGCAGGAGCCUCUCCCCAAGACAUGCUCACGAUGCUGGCAACUCGUGAACCCACCAAGAAAAUCACCAUCCAGACCGUUCGCAACAUUCUGCGCAACUACGCGGCGGAACUGGCGGCCCCGACCCCGCCGCCCCGCCUUCGCCCGCAUCAAGUCCCGCGACUCUUGCAUGCGUCGUCCUCGACCAAUCCCUUUCCAGCGCUUCCGUCGGCCUUUCAUCCGUUGUUCUCGUCCUUGGUCAAGGCGUCCAUUGAACAGCCGCAUGUGCCAGGCUACUCCAUGGCGUCGCGCUUCUUCUACCUCAAUCUGUGCUCGAUCCAGUCGAUUCUGCAGCGGUCGUGGCAGGUCGUCCAGAGUAAUGCUACCCAACAAUCUCCUCUACCGCCUCCCUCCGACUCGGCCGAGAAGACCUUCCACGCCACUAUCCUCACGACCGUCGCCGCCGACGGCACGUCCCCCAUGCCGCCGUUUUGCGUGUUUCCGACACCGCCCGCGUCCGGCGGCAGCCGCCUGCAUCAAGUUGGUCCGAAUGUGGUUAUGACCGACCGCGGCCUCGCCACCCCCGACGCGAUGGAGUGCGCCAUCCUCUACUUCCAUGCGACUUUGCCUCCGCGACUGCCGCGGCCCGUGGUGCUCGUCGUCGAACACGCGUCGCCGUCUCCGUCGCUCCUUCAACUGUGCACUCGACGCAAGAUCAUUUUGGUAUCGUGGAAAGAUCUGUACGCUGGAGACAAGGAUGUAGUACAACCCAUUCGAUCGUGCCUGCUCACUCCAUUUGAAUCCCAGCUGUGCCACCAACUCGGGCUGGUGCUGCCGCAUCUGGCGACCACCGCCGCCAUCGUGUCCGACCUCCCGCCCAUCGUCGCCCACACCUACCAAACGUGCGUGGCGCAGGUAGGAUCUGCCGCCAUCGCCGACGCCUUUCGAGAAAGCGGUCUGCAUCCGCCCAAUCUGCCGCAACUGGCUGCUGGCACACCUGUGAUGCCGCUGCCCAAGGCGACAAUUGUAGUCCAAGAACACCGCACGGCGACCAUCUCCGUCCAAUCCAACGCGAUGCCCCGCUUCGCCAUCGAACGACGAGCGUAACAGAUUAACUAGUAUUUUAAUAUUAUUUUAUGUAUUGACGUCUGAA